AUGCCAAUCAACUUCGACUGGUUUGAUUUGACUCCCUUUGCCAACCCUUACUUCGUGGAGACGGGCUUCUUCCAGGGCGAGGGAGCCAUGAAGGCCUUGGCCAGUGGCCUCUUCCAAAAGGUCAUCUCCAUCGAGGUCAACAAGGAGUUGGUGGCUCGCGCACAAGAGCGCUUCAGACUGCCAUUGGCAGCUGGGCUCUUGAAGGUGGUGCAUGAUGAUUCGGUACACCUCUUCCAACAUAUUCAAUCUUUGGAGGAGCCUUGCACCUUCUUCUUGGAUGCCCAUGGGCAUUGGGUCCAGGAGAAGAUGGAAGAACCUCACCUUCCGUCUGCGCGCAAAGUGACUCCUUCGACUUUUUGCCCUCUACUGGAAGAGCUGGACGCGAUCGCACGGCAUCCCUGGGCUAAGAGCCACAAGAUCCUGAUUGACGACCGGCGCUGCCUGCAGCGCACCUGGAGCCAUCCCACUCAAUCCUGGUGGCGAAGCCUUGAUGAGGAGAUGGUCUUGGAGAAGCUUCGUACUGUGAACCCGGACUUUCACAUCCGGUACAUUGAUGGAUUGACUCCCGAAGACAUCAUUGCCGCGGUGCCUGCUGACCAGUAA